AUGAAUGUUAUUAUUAAUCAUUAUAAUGAUUAUAUUAACAAUGAUGUUAUGAAUGAAAUACUUAUUUUAUCAUCAAAAUUAUUAUAUUCACAAAAUAUUGAAUCAAUAAUAUUAAUUAUAGAAAGGAUGAUGAAUGUUUGUAAAUCAAUAAAUUGGUAUGAACAAGUAAAAUUAAGAAUUAUACAAAAAGAAAUGUUUGCAUCAGAAUUGAUGGUUCCAAAAGAAAUAGAAUAUGAAAAAAGAAUUGAUAUAUUUAAGAAUUAUAUUCACAUUGAUAUUAAAAUUCAUGAUUCAAUUGUUAAAAAUGAUGUUAUUACUACUCUUAGGAAAUUAAUAUUAAUUUUAUUUCUUCCUAUUCAUACAAAAUCUACAAAAAUAAAUAAAAAUAAUAUAAAAAUUGUAUUCUAUUGUAAUCAUUCAGGAAAAACAAAAGAAACAUGUAAAGGAAGAGAUUGUGAAUAUAAAUUAAUUGUAACAUUAGGGUUUGAUAAAGUAAAUAGUGUAUUAGAAAUUAAUGAACAUAAACAUCAAUUAGAUUAUUUCUUUGUUGUAUCAAAAACUUGUCCUUUGUUAAAAUCUGAGAAACUUUUAAUUCCAAAAACUAAUAAUGAAAUAAUAAAAUUUCUUGUAAAUCAUCCUCAUAUUCAAAUUCCUCUUAGAAAAUUUAGACAAAUUCAGAGAGAAGAAGAUAGAAAUCAAAUAUUUGAAAAUAUAUUUCUUUCAGAAUCAUUUUUUGAAAAUGAUUCAUUUAUUAAAUUAACAAAUACUUUCACUAAUGGUUUAUUCAUUCGAUAUUGUUCAUUCAUAAGAAAGUGGCUCAAAUGGAAUAUAGUAAAAGAAAAUGAUGAUAAUUCUUUUAACCAACUUCUUUCAUUUGGAUAUUUAUUUGAUCAAUCUGAAAUUUCAUAUAAACUAUUUUUUCAUCAACUUUAUAAUAUUUUAAAUUAUGGACCUGAAAUCAUUGUUUGUGAUCGUUGUAUUGCUCAAUAUAAUGCUUUGAAACAAAUAUUUCCUUAUUCUAAACUAUUUUUGUGUAGAAUUCAUAUAGAAAGAUCAUUGAUAAAAUAUUUUAAGAGUGAUCAUAUAAUAAUGAAAUUAUUUCAUUUAACAAUGAAUAUGAAAUUAAAUGAAAAUGAUUUAAUUGAAACAUGGAAAAGUAUUAUAAUGAAAAAUAUUAAAAAUAUUGAAGAAGACAAUGAUGAUGAAAAUACUUAUUAUGAUGAUAAAGAAAAUAAUGAAGAAGAAAAUGAUGAUGAUCAGUUGUUUGAACAUGAUACAAGUGAUAUUAUAAAAUCAAUAGAUGGUACUAAUACAUUACAAGAUAAUAUUAAACAAUUAAUAGAAGAAUUAAAUUGA